AUGGUCAGGAAAUGGGUGUGGCGAGGAACUUUAGCGCAACCAUUUGCAGUUAAAUUGUUCAAGGGAAUUUGGAAUGCUCAUCCACGUUUUGCCACACGAACUGUCAUGGUCUCCAAUAACGAUGUCGACGGUGCCUUUGGGCUUUUGAAUAGGCUGAUGGACUCGGAAGGCAUGCUGAAAAUCAUUCGACGAACACAAUUUUAUCAAAAACCGUAUAUGCAGAGGAAGCAAUUAUCGAUGGAAGCGUCGACGGCGAUUUUCAAUGAGGAUAUGAAUCGAAAAAUGAAAUUUUUGGUGCGAAAAAAUCGUUGUGACAAGCAUCCGGGACAAGUGACAUCGUAA